CUUCCUCCUCACUCCAAUCCCCCAACCCUCCCAGCGCUCCCCCCUCCUCAACAACCUCCCGGCGCAUCUCCGACUCCAUGGCCCGCACCAAGCAGACGGCGAGGAAGUCCACCGGCGGCAAGGCGCCGAGGAAGCAGCUGGCCACCAAGGCGGCCCGCAAGUCCGCCCCGGCCACCGGCGGCGUCAAGAAGCCCCACCGCUUCCGCCCCGGCACCGUCGCGCUCCGGGAGAUCCGCAAGUACCAGAAGAGCACCGAGCUGCUCAUCCGCAAGCUCCCCUUCCAGCGCCUGGUGAGGGAGAUCGCCCAGGACUUCAAGACCGACCUCCGCUUCCAGUCCUCCGCCGUCUCCGCCCUGCAGGAGGCCGCCGAGUCCUACCUGGUGGGGCUCUUCGAGGACACCAACCUCUGCGCCAUCCACGCCAAGCGCGUCACCAUCAUGCCCAAGGACAUCCAGCUCGCCCGCCGCAUCCGUGGAGAGAGGGCCUAGGCUGCAGUCUGCAAUCCAUGCGUCGUCUGUUAGAUCCCUGUUAGCCUGAGUUCGUCGGUGGAAGUGUGUGUGUGCUAGCAGUAGGGUUUCAGACUGUGCCCGUGUUGUUCUUGUCAUGGUAGAUGUGGUAUGCCUAAUGUGAUGGUACCAUCUUGUUGCCAUUAGCAAUGGAAAUGAAAAAUGUUU